AGAGGAAGAGGAUGGCCGGUGAGCGAACGGCGAGCACGAACAAUGAGAGCCAUGGAGCGAGCGAGAGGAAGGUGGAGGGGGCCGUCGGUGCCUGCGUCGCGCGGAGGGAACCGCAUUCCAGAGUGGGCGGCAUUCUGGAAUGCGAUCCGGCGGCGGUGGCGGCGGCCCCCGGUAACAACAAGAAUUCGUCGAGCGUUGAGCAGCAGCAGCAGCAACAGCAACAGCAACAGCAACAGCUACAGCUACAGCAGUCGCUGACUGCUUCAGAAGCAGUGACCGACGGUUUCUGCCGCUAUGCUACCGAGGCGACCAGCAGCGGCAUGUCUUUCGUCGAGGUCUGCCAGAUUCGAUUACAACAGCUGUUCCCACAAUUAAUACCACCCCAGACUAGUAUUCUCUAUAAGGAUUCUAUAGAACACACGGCGGAAUGUCUGGCUAAUGAUGUGAUCAGAUAUCUUCUUAAAGAAGACAUUUAUCUAAUAUCUAGAGAUCCCAUUUCUCGCAGUAUGCGUCACAAUGUCUAUCAAAUGCUCAACAAGCACAGCAUACUCUUCACGAGUAUGGUGAACAGAUUAAAUGUUGUACCAGAUACGGCGUACGAAGCCUUUACCGGUGUAGCGGACGAAUUAUUCCUUCAAGGCAAAACAUGGGCCAGAAUAGUUUGUUUGUACGCAUUCAUGGGAAGGCUGGCGCUGUGGGCAAGAGAUAGACGAAUGCACAGUCUCAAGCAGAAGCUUCCACUGUACGUUUCCAGAUACAUUGGCGAAGAAAUAGCACAGUUUAUAAAAAUUUAUGGCGGAUGGGAACAGCUAUGUAUAGAAUAUCCUGUGGCAGAAGAAGUCAGUGGAGCAGUUUGGCGAAGUUUACUGAUGACUGGUGCCACGCUUGGCCUGGUAGCCACAAUUCUGUCGGUGACUUCUUGAUUCGCAAUGCCGAACUACUUUGACGACACGCCCGAUUAAUGUUUCAGUCGCGUACUUAUACAUCCUGUGAUCCUACGAUAAAAGAAAUUAUGCACGCUUUUUAGCAUCGAGAAGACGAUCCAGUAUUUAUAAGACUUGUACUCGCUCAAACUAGAAAUGGAAAAUAUGUAAAUGUCCAUUGUAAAAGAUAAUUUUCGUCCAAUUUUUAAAAUUCUUCUUUUACAUAAUCGACAGAAAUAUAUAAGUACCUCGUGUACAAGAGAGAAAGAACAAAAAUGACAAUGCAAGUUCCCUAUUUGAUAUCGUAUUUCAUACCACUGUAUAAUCAAUCGUCUAGUUCAAUUCCUAAGAUAUCUUGUUUAAACAACAUAUUUCGAAGACGUUCCAAGUAAAUUUUGAAAGAAAAUACUCGAAAUCAAUGUUUAGACGUUUGUACUCCAAAAACUUUUAAAUUACGAUAAAUUUAGGUAGGCGCAAACUAUUUUGUAUUUAUUUAUAAUUUAUUCUAGGUAGAAAAUAAAUAACAAAUUAAGCUCCAUUACGAGCAGCAGUUGCAAAAGCAAUUCAUUCAUCAAUUCAUCGACUAUGAAAUAAUAUAGUCUACAACUUUUUACUACAAUACAGUUACUAUUAAUAGUUCAAUGACGCAAAAAA